AUGGGCAUUCUUAGGUUUCUCAGAGUGCUUGCUGGCUUUGGGAGAAGUUUGUUUGAAAGGCUCAGUUUGUUGGGCCAUUCUAAGCACCUUCUUAAUAUGCAAUACAGAAUGCAUCCAUGCAUAAGUUUCUUUCCAAACUCAAAGUUCUACUCCAACAUGAUACUGGACGCACCAAAUGUCAUGAAAGAUUAUGAGAGAAACCUGCUUACAAGACCAAUGUUCGGGCCAUAUUCUUUCAUCAAUAUUCGUAAUGGGGUAGAAGAAAGAGAAGAUGAUGGACGUAGCUUACGAAAUAUGGUUGAGGUUGCAGUUGUCAUCAAGAUACUAAGGAAUCUUUAUAAAGCUUGGAGUGUCUCCAAACAGAGGCUUAGCAUUGGAAUUAUAUCUCCCUAUGCAGCUCAAGUUUCCGCAAUACAAGAUAAACUGCCUUCUAUUUACGAGGACCUUGAUGGAUUAAUAGUGAAGGUCAUGUCUAUAGAUGGAUUUCAGGGUGGAGAAGAAGAUAUCAUAAUGAUAUCUACUGUUAGAUCUAAUGCUAGUGGAAAUGUUGGAUUUAUGUCGAGUCAUCAACGAACAAAUGUUGCAUUAACAAGAGCUAGGCAUUGCCUCUGGAUUCUGGGAUGUGGAAGAACCUUGGAAAUCAGUGACACAAUAUGGGCAUCCUUGGUCCAUGAUGCAAAGAAACGUCAAUGUUUCAUCAAUGCUGAUGAAGAAAAAGAUUUAGAGAAAACAAUACUUGACAUCAAGAAACAACUUAAUCAGUGGAACGAUUUGCUCAAUGAUGAUAGCAUAUAUUUCAAGGAUGCUCAAUGGAAGGUUCUAUUCAGUGAAAAUUUUAAAAAAUCAUUUUUUAAGCUGAGUUCAAUACGCAAAAAGCAGUCAGUGUUGACUCUCUUGCUUAAUCUUUCAAGUGGUUGGCGUCCCAAGAAUAGAAAUGUGGAUUUGAUUUGUCAAAAUUCAUCACAUAUCUUGAAGCGUUUCAAGACUGAAGGUCUUUUUCUUGUUUGCACCAUUGAUAUCAAGAAGGAAGAUAUGUAUACUCAAGUUUUGAAAAUAUGGGACGUGUUGGCUUCUGAUGAAGUCCCAAAAUUGGUGAAACGUCUUGAGGGGUUGUUUGCCAUGUAUACUGAUGAAUACAUCAGUCACUGCAAAGAAAAGUUUAUUCAAGGGAAUUUGGAGUUCCCCAAGAGUUGGCCAAGAACAUUUAACAUUAUCCAAUAUAAGACUCUUUGCCACCAAGAAGCUGGAACAUCAACGAAUAACAAUAAUCUUAUUACUAGUAAUAAUUAUGUUGAGAAUUCAAAAGUUAGUGAGAGCUUAAUGUUGAUGAAAUUCUACUCUUUGUCUUCUGGUGUGAUGAGCCAUUUGCUGUCUGAUCAAGAAGGUAAAGAACUGGAGUUACCAUUCGAAGUAACAGACCAGGAACGUGAGUUAAUUCUUUUCCCACAAAGUACCUUUAUUCUUGGAAGGUCCGGUACAGGUAAAACUACAGUUCUGACGAUGAAGCUAUAUGAGAAGGAGCAAAGGCACCAAAUUGCUUCAACUGGCUUUGGUGCAUUUAACAUUAAUGCAACUUUUAAUGCCAUAGAAAGAAAUGAAGUUGGAGAAACUAGUCGACCGGUAAAUGAAACUGUCCUCCGUCAACUUUUUGUAACAGUGAGUCCAAAGUUAUGUUUUGCCAUCAAGCAACAUGUUUCUGGACUAAAAAGAUUUGCUUGUGGAGGAAGUUUCUCAGUGGACGAAAAAUCUGAAGAUCCUGAUGAUAAUGCAUGGUUUACUGAUAUUUCUGAUUCAUUUAUCGACAUCCCUCAUCAAACAUACCCUCUUGUUAUAACAUUUAACAAAUUCCUAAUGAUGCUUGAUGGAACAUCUGGCAAUUCAUUUUUCGAAAGGUUUGUUGGUGUUAGUGAGCUUUAUGGAAAAACAAUGAAUUCAAGGUCGAUUGCUUUGCAAACAUUCAUUAGAAACAAAGAGGUCAACUACGAUAGAUUCAAUUCCCUCUAUUGGCCUCGUUUCAACUCCAACCUGAAAAAGAAGUUUGAUCCAUCCAAAGUGUUUACUGAGAUAAUUUCUUGCAUAAAAGGUGGCUUGCAAGCUGGGCAGACAUAUAGCGGAAAACUUGAUCUGGAGGAAUACAAAGCAUUAUCCGAUGGCAGGACAUCUACUUUGACGAAACAAAGGAGACAAGAUAUAUAUGAGAUUUUUCAAGAUUAUGAGAAAAUGAAGAUGGAAAAUGGUGAUUUUGAUUUAGCAGAUUUGGUAAUUGAUCUUCACGAUAGGCUACGGAAAGAAAGAUUUCAGGGUGAUGAAAUCGACUUUGUAUAUAUAGAUGAAGUGCAAGAUCUCAGCAUGCAACAAAUAGCACUUUUCAAGUAUGUUUGCAAAAAUGUAGAAGAAGGCUUUGUUUUUUCAGGUGAUACGGCCCAAACAAUUGCAAGAGGAAUAGAUUUCAGGUUUGAAGAUAUAAGAUGUCUUUUCUAUAAGGAGUUUAUAAAUGAAUCAAGAGGAGGGGACAUUGUUUCUGGAAGAAAGGAUAUUAAAGGGCAAAUGUCUGAUAUCUUCAACCUUAACCAGAACUUUAGAACACAUGAUGGUGUUCUUAGAUUAGCCCAAAGUGUAAUCGACCUUAUUUACAAUUUCUUUCCUCAAUCUAUUGAUUUUUUGAAUCCAGAGAGAAGUCUUAUUUAUGGUGAAUCACCUGUUCUACUUGAAUCGGGAAGUGACGAGAAUGCAAUUGUAACUAUAUUUGGGAGCAGCGGAAGUAUGAGUAGUAACAUUAUUGGGUUUGGAGCUGAGCAGGUGAUUUUAGUUCGAGAUGAUGAUGCUAGAGAGGAAAUAUCUUGCUAUGUUGGAAAGCAUGCUCUUGUUCUUACUAUUACGGAGUGCAAGGGAUUAGAGUUUCAGGAUGUGUUAUUAUAUAAUUUCUUUGGUUCAUCGCCCCUGAACAAUUGGAGAGUGGUUUAUGAGUUCAUGAAGCUUCGAGAAUUACUAGAUGAUAAAUGCAUGUCCUUUCCAAGCUUCGAUACCACGAGGCAUGGUAUUCUAUGCUCUGAGCUGAAACAACUUUAUGUGGCCAUUACCCGUACUAGGCAAAGGUUGUGGAUUUGCGAAAACAAAGAGGAGCUUUCAAAACCCAUGUUUGACUAUUGGAAGAAGUUGUGCCUUGUUCAAGUCAGGCAAUUAGAUGAUUCUCUUGCAAAGGCAAUGCAAGUGGCAAGUUGCCCAGAGGAAUGGAAACAAAGAGGCAUAAAGCUAUUUUAUGAGAGUAACUACGAGAUGGCUACAAUGUGCUUUGAGAGGGCGGGAGAUCUAACCUGGGAGAGUAGAGCUAAAGCUACUGGACUCAAGGCUGCUGCUAACCGACUUCGCGGAUCAAAUGAUGAAUUAGCUUUUACGAUACUUCGAGAAGCUGCUAAUAUUUUUGAAUCUAUUGGAAGGAGUGAGUUUGCUGAAUGCUUGUUCGAACUAGGAGAGUACGAAAAAGCUGGGAGAAUUUAUUUGGACAAGUGUGGGAAGCCUGAGUUAAGAAAGGCUGGAGAAUGUUUCUUUCUGGCAGGUCGUUCUGACCUUGCAGCUGAAGUAUACGCCCGGGGAGGCUUCCUAGCCGAGUGCUUAUCUGUAUGCACUAAAGGAAAACUCUAUGAUAUGGGCUUGCAGUACAUAGAGUACUGGAAACAACAUGAUCUCACAGAUGGUAGUGUUGUUAAAACUAGUAAUCGAAUUGUUGAAAUGGAACAAAAGUUCCUCCAAAGUUGUGCCAAAAAUUACUACGAACUUGAAGAUCGUGUAUCCAUGAUGAAGUUCGUUAGAGCUUUUCAAUCAAUUGAUGCAAAACGUGAGCUUCUGAGUUCUUUAGAUUGCCUGGAUGAGCUUUUAUUGGUAGAACAAGAAUCUGGUAAUUUUUUGGAGGCUGCCGUGAUUGCAAAGAUGAGGGGUGAUCUUCUUUUGGAGUCUGAUCUAUUGGGGAAGGCAGGCUGUUCUAAUGAAGCUGCCAGGCUUCUCAUUUGGUCGGUCUUUCUUACGUCUCUCUGGGCACAUGGAAGCACAGGUUGGCCUCUCAAGAGUUUUGCUACGAAAGAUGACCUUUUGGAAAAAGCUAUUUCAUUUGCAAGAACAGACCCAAACUUCUAUAAGAUGAUCUAUACUGAUGCGAUGAUUUUAUCAAGUGAGAAAGCAAAAUUGUCUGAUUUGAUUCUUUACUUGCAUGCCUCUGUGAGGAAUGGAAGCCUGCGAGGUGAAAUUUUAUCUAUUCGGAGAAUUUUGGAUCUUCAUUUGUGCGUAAAUGGCUCCAAAUAUGAAUUGGAAGAUGAACUGGUAGAUGAUCCGUUUAGUCAUUCACAGAAGGUUGUUUCAUGCAACAGUGUUUCUGUCGCAUCGUUGUUGUUCUACUGGAAUCUUUGGGCCAAAAUGAUAGACAAAAUCAUCAGCUUUCUAGAAUCUUCUAAGAAACUGGAUCUUGAUGAGAACAAUGGCUAUGUUCUGUUCUGCUUUGAAUAUUUUGGUGUAAGGAAGCAACUUAACAAUGUCAAUGCUAGCACCUACCAUUUGUUGAAUUCUGAAGCUUAUUGGGUAAAAAAGAUUGACAAAAGAUUUCUUAGAAAGAAAGGAAACCUACUGUAUACUGACCGUAGCGAUUUUUCCACUGUUGCUUUGGGCCACUGGCGUUCCGAAUUGCUUUUUGUCGGUCUAAAGGUUUUGGAAACUCUUGAAGUCAUUUCUGGCAGGAUUUCCCCAUCUCUCUUUUGCAGGACCAUGCCCCUUUUACACAUGUACAUGAUUGCAAAAUUUCUGAAUUCAAAGGAUCUUGGGAAACAUCAUGAUUUGCAGAGACUGCAAUAUUUUCUUAGAAAAUCUCAUCAGCAUUUUCAGAAUGUGUUUCCAUUGGACUGGAACCAAACUUUGAAUGAUAACAUUGUUUUUUUGAGAAGAACGGACGAUUUCCGAAGUUUAUUGCAUGAAUCUUUGCUUGAAGGUGUCUUGUCUAAGGGUGGUCUUACACAUGGGAAAAUUGGUAGAAUAAUGGCAUUGUAUCUUUCCUCUGGCAGACCAACUGACGAAAUGGUCAUGAAGAUUGCAGAAAGGCUCAAUUAUCACUCAUCUUGGAAAAUUUUCUUUGAGGAUUCGGAUCAGGACAUAGUGACCCGAAUUUCACAGAACCAGUCAAUUAUAGUGAAAAUAUCUUCCGCAUACAAGCUCAUGACAGCUUUGAAAGAGACAUACGGAGCUAACUGGAGGGUGCCCGAUUACAUAUCUCCAAUAUGUUUCUUGUAUAUCUUGGAACGCCUUCUCCUGCUCACUUCCCGUUCCCAGAAAUUUCUUUACACCACAAAAUCUGUUUUUGUGGAAUGGCUUAUUUAUGAGAAACCAGGUGAGAAUCUUACAAUCAACCCAAAAGAAGAUGCACUACACGAGAUUUUCAGUUAUAUUGAAUACUUAAUCAGGCAACUCCUUUAUGACCAUGAAACAGAACAAUGGAUACGGAAAUCCGGUGUUAAUAUUGUUAACUUCUAUCCGAUAAUGGUGUUGAGAUGUGUGAUAAUGUCUUGCUUGCUUUACUUAAAUACGGGUAAUGACAUGUUAAACCAAAUUCUUAGACAGAAACACAUCACUUCAAGACUGCCGGCAAACUUUUAUACUUCUCUAAGGACGAGAAAUACUAGGCUGAAUGCAGAUGUAAUAUCUGAUGCACUUGCAAUGAUUGGUAAUCCACUUGUGAUUGUUAGUUGGCAAGAUAGAUAUCCAGUAACUGUAUCUCCUAGUGCCAUUUUGUUGGAACCCAGAGAUGGAAUGAACAGGGAAAGUAUAUUAAGUUUGUUGUUUCCACAGAAAAAACCUCCAUCUGAAUCUGUAGAACAUGAAGAAGACCAAGUGAAGAAUGUCGAUUCUUUGUCUUUGAGUGAGCCCACUGAAAUCUCCGCCUUGUUCCAGGAGAUUUCUUUUGCUUUGAGAUCAGUAGAUGAUACAACUGAUAAGAGUUUCGAUAGGUUCAUAUCUCAUCUUCCACAUAUACAGGUAGAGCUAGAGAAGGUGAUUAUGUUGAUAUCAUCUUCCAGGAAACAGACUUCUAUUGGAGAAGACGAAGGCCUCUUACUAGAAGUGAAUCACAUAUUUGAGGAUCUGAAACCACAUCUUAAUUAUGCGUUAGAGACGAGGGAACUGGGAGAGAGUGUUCCAAUGAUUUUGGAACUUGUGAGAAAGCUGAACAUGCAAAAGUCAAUACUUGAAAUGUUCUUCAGCAAGCCACCAAGGCAGGAAGGGGAAGAGUCUAGGAUUAAAGAUGGUGAAUCUGUGAACAAAGAAGCAGAAGCCACAGGAAGUGGAGAAUAUGAAGAUGAUAAUGAGAUAGCAGAGUCCACAAACAAUGGAGAGGAAGUAGAAGUUGAAGAAUCCCAAGGGAAGUUGUUGCAAGAGAAAAAACUUAAUGUCAUUAAAGACAAGGGAAAGAAGAAGAAGAACAAAAAGAAGAAGGCAAGAGGUCGGUAGAAGUAAACUUCUUCCUCUUGUUGGUAUGUAUGUAAUCUAUAAAUUCAGCUCACUAUGAAGAUGUGUUGCCUUCCCUUUCGUUAGAUAUUUUAUUAUGGUAGUAUUUCUUGUAAGUUGUCAAGAUGGGCAAGAAUUUAUUUGAAAAAGAUCCCCUAUUCCAAGAAUUGGAGUUUAGUUAGUCCUGUAGCAUCCUAACAAAGUUGGUGA